UUUUUUCAAGUUAGCUAAUCAACUCGUCUUUUUUCCUUUUUUUUAUAUAUCAAAGUAAUCGACUAAAACAUGACUGAAUUCAAGAAGAUCCACGUUAAGAACCCCGUUGUUGAAAUGGAUGGUGACGAACAAACCAGAAUUAUCUGGCAAUUCAUUAAGGACAAGUUGAUCUUGCCUUAUUUGGAUAUCGACUUGAAAUAUUACGAUUUAGGUAUUGAGUACAGAGAUCAAACCAACGAUCAAGUCACUGUUGACGCUGCUGAAGCCAUCUUGAAAUACCAAGUUGGUGUCAAGUGUGCUACUAUUACUCCAGACGAAGCUCGUGUCAAGGAAUUUGGUCUUAAGAAGAUGUGGCUUUCUCCAAACGGUACCAUUAGAAACAUUCUUGGUGGUACUGUCUUCAGGGAACCAAUCGUUAUUGAAAACAUUCCAAGAAUUGUCCCAGCUUGGGAAAAACCAAUCAUCAUUGGAAGACACGCCUUUGGUGAUCAAUACAAGGCUACUGAUAUUGUAGUUCCAGGUGCUGGAGAAUUAAAAUUAGUUUUCAAGCCAAAGGACGGUGGUGAAAUAGUUGAAUAUCCAGUUUACAACUUUGACGCUCCAGGUGUUGGUUUAGCCAUGUACAAUACCGACAAAUCAAUUACUGACUUUGCUGAAAGUUCUUUUGCUUUAGCCAUUGACCGUAAGUUGAAUUUGUUUUCUUCCACCAAAAACACCAUCUUGAAGAAAUACGAUGGUAGAUUCAAAGAUAUUUUUGAAGACUUGUACGCUACCAAAUACAAGGCUAAGAUGGACGAAUUAGGAAUUUGGUACGAACAUAGAUUAAUUGAUGAUAUGGUUGCUCAAAUGUUGAAGUCUAAAGGUGGUUAUAUCAUUGCUAUGAAGAAUUACGAUGGUGAUGUGCAAUCUGAUAUUGUUGCUCAAGGAUUUGGUUCUCUUGGUUUAAUGACCUCAGUAUUGAUGACUCCUGAUGGAAAGGCUUUUGAAGCUGAAGCUGCACAUGGUACUGUUACUAGACAUUAUAGACAACAUCAACAAGGUAAGGAAACUUCCACCAACUCUAUUGCUUCCAUCUAUGCCUGGACCAGAGGUUUGAUUCAAAGAGGUAAGUUAGAUAACACUCCCGAAGUUACCAAAUUUGCCAAUGAUUUAGAAGCUGCAGUUAUCGAUACUGUUGCCAAGGAUAAUAUCAUGACUAAGGAUUUGGCAUUGACUCAAGGUAAGACUGAUAGAUCUUCUUAUGUUACCACUGAAGAGUUCAUUGAUGCUGUUGCUGCCAGAUUAAACAAGAACUUGAACAUUUAGAAAUAGUCUAUAUAUAAAAUGUAAAAUAAAAACUGGUUAUCU